AUGGCGAUACUUACUGACGAUGCCGACUACGAUGCCGGCGAAACGUCUGGGAAUGUACCACGUCCACGGUUCAACUUUGGAAAUGAUGAUGCAAACAAUGGACCUCAGGCUAGGUGCGUUCCAAUAAGUCUUUCUACCAGUAAGUUAUAA